ACUUAAUCAGAUUGUAUAUAAGAAAGACCAAAUUAAGAAUUAAUAUUACAAACAACGAAGACAAAGUUAGGUUCACUAGCAAAAGCUGAUAUAAAGUCGUUGAGAUAUUUGACAUUAAAGGAAUAAUAACAGAGUAAGAAUACAAAGAUAUAAAGAUGUUUGUUCUUUUAUAUCAGCGAAUACCUUUCGGGCUGAACAUUGUUUUCGGACCUUUAGUGUCAUAUUUGGCUAUUCUGAUGAACAUAAUUGUCUGUUGGACACUUACUUCCAGAAAACUUAUAUCAACAUCGACAGUACUCAUGCAGGGAUUAGCACUUGCCGAUGGUCUCACUGCAUUUUUUCUUUAUGGCAUUGAACCUAUUUUCGCGCCGUUUUAUAGAUAUGUUACAAGCAAAGUUGUCGAUUUACCACCCCCGUACUGUAUCAUACACUACUGGACCACACCAAUGGCUGAUAAUUUUCAUUUGACGUCUGUACUGCUAACCACGUGUUUAGGUUUACAGAAAAUGAUAGCCAUUGCGUUUCCAAUAUGGACUCGUUCAAACAUGUCUCCAAAGAAAUCUGCAAUAGUAUGCUGCGUAUGUUUCCUUUUUUCACUCUCAAUACAUCUCCCUCGAGCAUUAUUGGUUCAGUUCGGUGAAGCACAAAACGAUAUAUGUAAAAUGGUAAAGCCAACACAAGAAUUAGAAAGUUACGCCCUGACAUCUUACCCACUCAUAUACACUAUGUUGUUGGCAUUAGCAGUAGCAGCUAUGUUAACUUCUACUGUCUAUAUAACGUAUAAACUAUGUAAACGGAAACAACUGAGAGGAAAGAAUACAUUUUCAAAAUACGAAAGAAAUUCCUGCAUACUGAUCCUUUGUGUACUUGUGGUGUUUGUAGUGUCAGAAUGUCCCCGGCUUUACAUCAAUGGAACCGUUUCUAAUGCAUACUGGGGAAGAACAGACAAAACGUCAUAUAUUAGGAAAACAGUUAGGACAGAUAUAGGGAGAGAUGCACACGAUUGUUUGGAUCGAAUGACAUCAAGGAUAACGAUGGAUUAUGAAGCCGGGUGUACUAAUCGGAGCAGUUCUAAAAAAGAUGAAGAACUAAAAAAAGAACGAGUAGCUGAACUUCUAGAAAAUAUAAUAGCAUUUUCAACAACACACAAACACACAACUCAGUUUGACCCAAACGGGUACAUGACUAGACAAGUGUCCAUUAAACAGCGAUAUGACAACAUUUUAAAUUCAACGCUUAUAAACCCAAGUUUUUACAAAGGUACAAGCCAAGAGCUAAUAACCGAAAUUGUAGUAUCAACGUACUGCUCAAUGAUCGUUAAUGCAGAUGAUCGAACCGAACUUGCAGCUUUCAAUAAAAGUUGCAAGAAUGAAUCUGAAUUAAAUAUGGGCUUGUCAAUAUUUAAAUUUAUGAAAUAUGACAUCGAUAAAGUAUUUGCAAGCAGAGCCCGCAAUUCUGUCGUUCAUGGUUAUAGUGAACUGAUAAAUCAAGUUAUUGCAAAUCUUACUGAUACCAUGACAAUUAAGACCCUUUCUGAAAAUGAAGUCGCCAGAGUUUGGACUCUAUGCAUGGACACAACUAUUAUCCAUUUUUCAGAUUACACCGAUUGUUCUAUUGGGCUGUAUAACUCAUUACUUGACCAUCUACUGUUAUUGAUAUUGGCUUCUUCGCCGUACACCGAACAGAUGAAUUACAUGAUUAAUACAGUCAUAGACUACAAAGAUGCCGAUUUGAAAGAUCUAAAACUGUUCAUUGAAAUUAUAAAACUUUUCACUGUGAUUGCAUGUGCCUCUAAUUUUAUCAUUUACAUUGCAAUGAGUGCAAAACUCAGAAAUGAAAUGCGUUUAAUGAUUUUGCCGUGUGUUUAUUGCAAACAAUAUAAGUGCAUUUCUGAAAAUUCAUCUGAAAAAGAUCAACGAGAACAACAUUCGACAGUCCAUGAGUCAAUCCCACUAUAAGUCACUUAAACAAAAGAAUAUACUAGUUUCUAAUGUCGUUACAGUAGCUGUAGACCAAUAUUCCGUACACUUAUAUUCAACUUUAUUAUUUUUUUAAAAUCACACAAGAGAGAAAUUGGAAAUUGCUUGCUAUUUCACAUCCGGCUGUUUUAUUUGACAUUCGACUUUUUGGUUGUCUUUAUUUGACAAAACGAUGUUGUAAAAAAUGCUUGUUUGACAUUCAUUUAGUUUUCAUUUUAUUAUUUGGAAGACAAAAACAUACCAAUCCGGUCUUCUUUGACAUUUUAAUAAUUUUUGUGUUUUAAGUUGACCUUUAUCUUUUGUAACAUGAUUUGAUUUAUACUAAUUUGACAAUCAAAUUCGUUGAAAAACCGUAGGCAAUGAUUUUCUAAUCGAAUAGUUUCAAGGCUAAUAAGCAAUAAUUGUUCCUUGGCUGACAUUUAACUUCCAUUCUUUUUUAUAAUAGAAAGACGAAUAAACAAUAUUUAUGAAUUGUUGGAUUUUAUCAGUUUCUAUGUAUGAUUAAUGUACGUACUAUAUAAAUCUGGAUAAUAGUCCUUUCCACAUUUGGGUACACUAUAUUCAAUUUCUGAUAUACUUUCAGUCGGUAUAUUGGAUUAAAUCGGCACAGCUUAGGUGACCCUGAUUAACCCGAACGACGAAAGAGUUCGGGUUAAAGGGUCACACGAGCGUGCAGAUUAUAUCAUUGUGAAUGUACCGAUUUGACUGGUCAAUAACUGUUUUAACACAUGACGCCAUCAAUUUACGUGAACGUUUCAGCAAUAUGCAAACGAUGUUCCGCUAUCCACGGCUCCUGAAUAAAGUUUCUUGUAGAGUAAAGAAAGGGUGACAUGAGCCUUUAUGAAGUAAGAGGUUG